UUUUAACAGAAAAUGGAAAAGGAACCUGAUGAUGAAGAAAAUAAAGAAGUAAUAGAUCACUGGAGGAUAUCUGAAAAGCUCCAAAGCGAUGAAAAGUGCUCACAUAAAUUUAUUAUUGGGAACCAUAAGGCCAAACAGUACCUCUGCGAAGGAAUCAUGCUGCCAUUUUAGAUAUCCUCAAUUCUUUGUCUCUUUAAGGAGCCCUACUAAGUCAUAUCUUCUUUUUGGACCUAAAGGAUCGGGCAAAGAGUUCAUAAUUGACAUGAUUGCUCAAGAUUCUAAUGCGAAAGUUGAAACCAUAGAUUUUUCUGAUAUUAAAUGGGAAGAAACCAGAAUUGAGAAUAACAAAAUACUCAUUGAAGUUAUAGACAAUAUUUUUAAUGAUUCUUGAAAAGAAAAUCAAAAGAUUAUCUGGCUGAAGAAUAUUGAUAAUCUUAAGCCAGGAGCUGACUAUUAUUCAAGAGCAUUAAUGACAACACUUCUUCUCAAUUUCAGCAACAUUUCUUUAAAGAAUAGCUUGGCCGUAAUUGCUACUUCAGAGGCUCCUUGGGGUAUUAAUCCUUCAAUUAGAAGAAGGCUUGAUAAAUAGAAUAUAUUGUAAACUCCCAGGAAGACAGGAUAGACUUGAAAUGCUUCAAAGUAAUAUACUUGGAUUUGAAUCCUUAUUUACUGAAGAAGAAAUCUCUCAAAUUUGUGAGCUCACAGAAGGUUUCGGAUUUUCUGAUCUUGAUGGGUUGAUUGAAAGUAUCAUCAAAUAUCCCUUAAGCCACCUUACCCAAGAUCCUAUGAUCUUUGAGGUAGCUAUAGAACAGUUGGACAUCCCUAAAAUUUCAUUAGAUGAGGUCCAAAAAUACAUUGAAGCAGUCACACCCCCUACAUUUGACGAUUCAAAAUUUGAAAAAUGGAGGGAAGACUUUACGGAUUUUUAAUAUUCAUUUUGAAGUU